CUUUCUUAGGCCUACAAUUCAUGAGGUUGGAACAACCUUUCAGAUACUAUGCAGUCUAGAUCUUCAACCGGUAGGUUGACAGUCAAUCUUUAGGUCUCGCUGUACAAAAAAGGGUUUUAUGAUAUCUGUAGUGUAAUCAUUUUAUCAUGUGUACCUGCCUUUAUGAGCACUUCACUUCACUGAUAAGAUAACCACACACAUUAAGCUGUUUCCAUGUAAACAAUCCAAAACAGUAGAAGACAAUGAGUUUCAACAAAGUUUUUAACUUCAUAAUGUUAUGUUGUUAUAAAGAGCGCACAGAUUCAGAGGCCUUAGGCAAACAGGGCCCUCCUCAUAUAAACAUGGAUUUCCCUCAACUUGUUCUCCUCAAUGUUCAAGUUUAAUUUUGUGUAAGACAUUGAACACUUAUGGUGUUAGGUGUUGGUCUAAUUGACUUCUAGGGGCCCUAGACGGCUGGCUGCCUACCUUUGUUGAGUCCGCCCAUGCACAGAUCACAAUUCGUGACCGGGAUGGGAGCCAAAUUGCUCUAUGUUCUCUUUUGCUUUGAGGGAGUGGUAUGAACGAAAGCAAACACAAACUAAUCCCAACUCACUUUUCUCUGGUCUGUUUGGCUGACUGUUUCUCUUGUGCUAUCAUUACCAUUACGCAGAAUAAUUACAUCAGCUGCAGCCACUUCCAGGCAUCGAUCUGUAACUCGAAUCAAUCCUCUGGAGACACAAAGGGAUGAAAUGGUGAUCUAUGGUGGUGUAUGAGGGGAAAAACCUGACUUUCAGGCACUAUAGGAGUUCCAGUCUGUGCAAUGGUGGGGACAGUUCCUGGUAUAGCAACAUCUCUUCCUGCAAGCACAGCUUUCUAAGUGCUCUAAUGAGAUAGUGGGCAAGAAAAAAUGUCCAUGGGAUGCUUCAUGUGAGGAACGGGAAUAUGAAGAUGUGCAGCGUAUGUGUAACGAGUUUCUAAUUAAAGACUCGGCGAUGUUAGCCCACGAGGGACUACUCCUUCCGUCUGGGAGACUCAAUAAAUUGGCGAGAAUCGACGGCGAAUGUUUCGAGACGUUCAAGACGAGCGGCGCGCGCGUUCAGUGUCCACGAGGAGCUUUCACUGGAGUUUUCUCAAGUCACGGAAACAUCAGAAGGGAGUCUGACCACUCAAACUUCCCACGCUUGAGUAUAAUAAAGGACGAUUCGCUUUAAAGGAUAGCUCUCUCUCUCUUUCCCAGCUCGUUUUGCGAGCAUUGCGUGGGGUUAUAUAGGCACCGGACGCUCGAGACUCAAUAAAACACAGCGCGCGCUCAAUCGCCUCAGGCUGUGCCGAUUGAGAGAACCGUCCUCAGGACCUGGGCAGUGCGGGACGUGCGCGCACUUUGGUUACGGGAGAGAUGUGCGCGCUGCGGGCUCCGGUGAUGGUAAUGGGGCUCGUAAUGUUAAUCUGUACCUCCGCACAAAGCGAUACCAGCGCGAACAAGGUCGAAAAAACGUUCAGAUGGAUAAUGGACAUCAGGAGACAGGUGGAAAACAGAUCUGACGACGCGAGCGCGCAAAAUACGGAGAGCGCGCUUGAGCCAAAGCACUCUCAUAAUCUCAAAACGGAAAGCGGGGAAACAAUUUUAGAAAUCUUUCCCAGAGACCUCAGAAAAAAAGAGAAGGUUAUAAAACACUUAACAGGUCCUCUUCAUUUCGGUCCAAAAUGCAGGAAGCAUGUCUACAGGCUUUACCAUAACACCAGAGACUGCACCAUCCCUGCAUACUACAGAAGGUGCGCGCGACUCCUGACGCGACUGGCGGGGAGUCCGAGAUGUCAAGAGGGUUAACUUUACCAGGUUGAAGCCAAACCAGAGUGACCCAGAGAAAAAAAACAGCAGUCAAAGUGCCUUUGGACAAGAGAAGAGAAUUUAAACCAACACGCAACAUUCCACAUAAUCAGCAUAUCAGGUCCAGAACACUGCUCUGCCUCUCCGGAGAAUAGAUGUGGGAAAGAAUUGAUAGAGCAGUAAACGGACACAGAAUAAUGGGAUGCACUUGCCCAAGGACGCUAUGAUGGACUCAGCAUGGAGCCGAUGUUAAAAUACAGGACGUCAGAGAAAGAAAGCAGAAAACGCAUCUGGCGUAUUGGGUUCUGAACCUGUCUGCCAAAAAAGAAAACCAUUUUUCCAUCGUUUCAUCAUGAAAAAAGGGAUUGCCAUGGUUUUCAUGUUUUGUUCUCAGCAAAUAACCAGACUCAUCACAGUGCUGAUGUUUUGUGCGACAUGCCUCGAUGGGGUUACAGUUCAGAGCUGUGAAGAGAAACUGUCUGAGCUUUCCUUUUCUCUGUGCUAGAACUGAAACCCAGUUAACUGCAUGAACGUUUCCUUUAGCUUCUGUUUGCCAGCAGACGGGCUGAUCUUUGCAGUAAAACCGUGACCAAAAGCUUUUCGUUUUUGUGUGAGACUAUGAGUGUAUGACUGUGGAACAUAUUCAGUAUAUUUUGAUAUGUAAAUAUUGUACAAACAAGACUUAAAAAUCCUGUAACAAACAUAUAAGCGUCUGACGUAUGACUGCUUUGUUGGGAUAUGUAUAUUUAAAAGACAAUAUAUUUAAAUAAAUUAUGAUUGUUUAAACAUUGUC